AUGAGCAGCAUGAAAAGAGGUAAUAGGACCACUGUGUCUGAAUUUCUGCUUCUGGGACUCCCUAUACCUCCAGAACAUCAGGGUUUGUUCUUCACCUUAUUCCUGGUCAUGUACCUGGCCACGGUGCUGGGGAACCUGCUCAACCUGCUCAUCUGGAUGGACUCUCGUCUCCACACCCCCUUGUACUUCUUCCUCAGCCACUUGGCUCUUACUGACAUAUGCUACUCAUCUGUCACUGUGCCCAAAAUGUUGAUGGACAUGCAGAGCAUCCAUAAGUCCAUCCCCUAUGCAGGGUGCGUGUCACAGAUGUAUUUUUACAUAUGGUUUGCUUCUGUCGACAUCUUUCUUCUUACAUUGAUGGCCUAUGACAGGUAUGUGGCCAUUUGUCACCCACUUCACUAUGCCACUAUCAUGAGGCAAGAGAAAUGUGUCUCCUUAGUUUCUGCAUCCUGGAUCUACUGUUCUCUCCGCUCUCUGUUGCACAUCCUCCUCUUCAUUCGAGUUUCCUUUUGUGAUGACAUUACCAUCCCCCAUUUCUUCUGUGAAAUCCCAGUUCUCUUGAAGAUGAGCUGUUCAGAUGUCUCAGUUAAUGAAUGGCUUAUCUUCAUUGAGACUGGAAUAAUUGUUUUCCUGCCUUUUGCCACUAUUGUAGGCUCUUAUAUUUGGAUAUGGGCCUCUGUGCUGAAGGAUCCUUCUGUUAAGAGAUUCUUCAAAGUCCUUUCCACCUGUGGUUCCCAUCUCCUUGUGGUGUCUUUAUUCUAUGGUACAAUUGCAGAAGUGUAUUUUUUCUCCUCACCAUCCAUCUCCAGUAAUAAAGACAUAGCUGCUUCUGUGAUGUAUAUGAUAGUCACCCCCAUGCUGAACCCUUUCAUCUACAGCCUGAGAAACAGAGAUAUAAAACAGACCCUAAAAUUAUUUGUUAACAGAAUGAAGUCUUGUAGCUCCAAUAACUUAAUAUGA